AUAAUAUUUGAAUAAAAAAAAACAAAAAACGUACUUUGAAACAUAUAUAAAAAAUAUAUAUAUAUAUUAUUAUUUAAAAAGUUAUAUAUUUGCAAAAAAUUAUUUAAAAAAAGGAUUUUUAGUGAUAAACAAAGGAUGAAGAGCAGCAAAACUGUCAGUUCUUCGUCGAUGAAUCAUUCCAGCGAGGCGAUCGACAACUACGACGAGGAAAAUACAAAUACCUCGAGUUCGACUGUGGAUUUUAGUUUGUUGCGCAAACCCAUUGUGACGUCAGUGACGGGCUUUUCGGAAGCUAAGAAGGCCUAUGACAGUGGCACGGAUGAAAUUCGUAAGUUGCUGUCCAACGAAUGUGAUCUCAUAUAUGAAUGCAAGGUGUGUCGAAACGUCUUUCGGUCGCUCGUCAAUUUCAUAUCACACAAACGUGUCUAUUGCCAGACGACAUUUAAAUCGAAUCAGCAUUUUCAUUUUAGUAAUAAUGAGUAUAUUGAUCAAGACAUAUCGACGAUCAUUCAAGCGGAAAAUGACUUUAUCUCGCAGAGAAACGGCUCAAAAUCACGCGAACCGGAAAAUCGGGACCUCAGUGCGAUCGUCGAGCGGUUGAUAAAGAAGCAGAAAACGAAGCGCGAGACUAAUUUGAGUGAUUUUUACGAGCAGCUCGGGAAAAAGUUGGUGCAAGAGUCGAAUGGCGUGGCGGCGAAGGAAGUUCCGGCGAUGAUGAAUGGCUCAGCGGGCAAAAAUAUCGUGUUGCAGUUGAAUUCGGUGCCGGAAUCGUCAGCGGCGGUGUAUCAAACGCUUAAAAGACACAAAGAAGACAACAUUCGGGAUGAAGUGAAUGAGGUUCAUGAGUUGCUGGGGAAGAAUACAGUCGUUUUGGAUCCGAAUGGGAAAGCGAUUUCAGUUUCGCCGGUAGAUACAGCCGUCGCUGGGUCGUCAAAGCAGCAGGAUUUCAAGUGUGAGAUGUGCGAUGAGGGAUUCUCCACGGAAAAGACCUUAAACAUCCACAUCGAGAAGAACCACAUUCCAUCGACCGUCGUUUAUCAAUGCCCGUCAUGCCCGAUGACCUUCCUCCAACCAUCUGGCGUGCUCCAGCACCUCUCCAACGACCACAAAAACUCCCAACAAUCCUUGCGCCAAGCCCGCGAAAAAUGCAAUCGUGGUCGUCGCUCCGAUAAAAUCCCCAAAACCAAAGAACAACCUCCCCCAGCAACGCCCACUGCGUCGCAACCCGACCAACAAGACGAUCUCAAAACGUGGCUCGGCGAAUUUUCCGACGCCGUUCCCUCGUGCCCGUAUUGCAACAAGAAAAUUGAGCGAAAAGCCGCGUUAAUUGCGCACGUUCAGGCCUGCGCGAACCAAAAAGAGACCAAACCCCGCAAACGAAGCGUCACCCCAAAGACCCCGAUUCAACCAAAGACCGAAACCGAGACCGCUGACGAGGCUUCGAGUCAUUCGUGCGACACAAACGUGUCAAAAGUGUCGUCGACGGUGACAAAACCGGUGAAUAAAAGGAAGCGCAAAGGUCCGUUGGUGAUUCGAAACGAAUUGCCCGAAGUCAAGGACGAAGUUGAGCAACUUUGGAGUUCGACGAGUAACGGAAUGCUCGAUCCGAGUCAGAUAAAGAAGGAAAUCGACGAAGAAAUUGCUCCGUUGGCCCAAAGUUCGUUAAUUGAAACGCCGCCCGUGAAGAAACGCAAGCUGAAAAAGGUGAAGGAAGAGAAAAAAGGUCAAGAAGAGGUCGUAAAAGACAUCGAAUGUCCCCUGUGCCCGAAAAAAGUCUCGGAAACGGCGAAUUUACGACGUCACGUGUCCAUGUUUCACUUCCGCCAGAACCGAUUCGCGUGCAAAAAGUGCGAUUUUCGCGGAUAUCGUCGCAUUGACACGACAAAUCACCUCAGCAGUGCCCACAACAUCCAAGGCGAGAAGGAAGAAGUGAAUCCCUUCAUCGAAAUCAGUAUUAAGGAGGAGGAUUUGUGCGGUCCGAUCAACACAAAUGUCAAAUGUGACCCCACGCUGACGCUAGAUGGCGUCAUGGCGAUGGUCAUUGACCAAUCUGUACCUGAAAAAGUCCUCAAAAGCAUCACCGCGACAAGUCAAAUCGAUUUAAUGGACGUUUCCCCGACGAAAUCGGGCGAAAAUAGCGGCAUGUCGUCCCCAAAUUCGGAUAAAAUCACGAGCGACGGCGAAGGAAGGCGCCCCACACGGAAUCGCAUCAAGCCCGUAUGCAAGGAUUUCGUUUACGACCUCAAUAAAAUCAUCAAGCAGGAAGCGGAGCAGCAUCGGGAACAGCAAAACCAACAAUUACUGUAUCCAAGUCGCACGAGAGGGCGUAAAAGCCUCGAAAACACGCCAGCAAAGGAAGAAAUUUCCGAAACGGACAAAGAAAAUGUCCUCGACGACGGAAAAUCCAUCAAAAUCAGCGAAAUUUCGGGAGCGGCACUCAAGAUGGCGCAAAUUGAGGUUAUGAAUCAACGCGCUUGUUUCCACAAACCGCCCGAAAUUCCGGCAGAACGUCCCUUUAUCCCGGCGAAAGUCAGUACGCCACGCAGAUCCGACGAAAAAGUCAUCAAAGUGGUGCCGGCCUUGCUCAAAGAUCCGACAAUUGCAGGGAAACGGGGCAGAAAACGCACAACGGAGAUCAAGCGGGUCCCAAGUUUCACCGAUCAAUUUCUCAGUAGCACCGGAAGCGAUAAAAAAUUCAAGCAAAGACAGGAGGAAACCGAUUCAGAGGCGCUGGCGAUCUUUCCGAAGGCAACAACAGCGCCCCCUGCCUUGAGAGCGAUCAAAGCGACGAAAAAACUCGACUUGUCGAACAAUGAAAAGUCGCAGCUCGAGAUGCUGCAAAGGUUAAGAAACGAAAAUGACCUUGCCGAGAACGGAACCAAGCGAAAAAGUCAGAAGCCAAAUAUUGAAGACUAACUGAGAGAAAAUUUUCAUGUCGCGUUAAGUUUAGUAGUUAGAAUUGUAUCCCUUAGAAAAAUAAUUAUUGGAAAAAAAAAUUAUUAUUAGAUUAGGAUUUAGUGAAAUUUGUACCUAACACACUGAAAAAAUUUGUUGAAUUGAGUUAGAAAUAUAUUAGUGAACUUCAC